AUGGCAUCCUCAACAUAUAGCUCGAGCACCAGAGCAGGUGCCAAGCCCUCCAACACACCCGAUGUCUCCCCCAACUUCGCCGACCCGAACUUCGACCCAGCCGACUUCCUCAAUGAAUCCCUUUCACCACUGACUGUGGCUUCAGCACAACCCAAUGCCUCUCGAACACCUGGCUCAGUACCUUUGACAGAGCUGUCCGCGCAGGUCCAGUCAUUACUUUCCAAGGUCAACGCCCAAAACAUCCGAUUUUCGAGCACAUUAUCCCAGCUCACCGAUGAGAUCUUACGAAGCGGCGGACGGCUAGCCUACGAAGUCGAGGUACUACGAGGCGAGACAAUCGGGCUAUCCGAAACCCUGACCGAAGUCCUGCGCGACGAUAUCACAAAGUUCGUCCCAGAGGAAGAUGUGCGCAAGGCAGAACAAGCAGAGGAUGCGCCAGCAACCCAAGACGAAGUUACAGCAACCACAAAUGAAAAUAAGACACUCGUACCCGCAGACCCCGAAUACAUAACAAACCUACGCACCCUGAACCAAGUCCGAUCACGACUAGAAGACGUCGUCCAAACAUUCGGCGACGCAAUGGAAUGGCCCCUGCCCCCAUCAGAGAUCUCCUUCUCCUCGUCCUUCAUCUCCGUCUCGGGACCGGACCUCGACGCCGAUGGCCGCGACCGCGAAGAAAAGGGCCAACAAAUGAUGAAGAAGCUACGGACAGAAGUGACAGAGCUACUGGAAAGCGAGGGUGGUGGACAAGCCGGACUGGACGCCGCCAACCGGCGCGUCGAAGCUAUUCGAGUGCUGGCGACUGUCUGGAAUGGGUCGGCCGAGGAGAAGGCGCGCAAUCGCUUUGUGGAUAGCCUUGCUAAGAUUGUGGAGGAUCGCCGCCGCUCCUUGGAACAGCAGCAAGCUGCUACAGAUCAAAAUCAGCGUGGAUCAUCUAGGUCCAGGCCAGAGGCUAGGCGGGAUAGUGAUAGUGGUGCGCCGGCUGGUGGGCUGUUUCGCAAUCUGCAGCGUCUUCGAGAGGAGAUAUACUUGGAGUGA